UUGACAAAAGAAAAAGAAAAAGAAAAAGAGCCUCCCAAAUUACGAUGCUCAAACUGGAAACCGAUAAUCCAAGUGGAGCCAAACUCUCGCUGUGCUUUCUUCGGGGGCUUUUAGAUGCAUUCUGAUUAACAAACUGAGAUUCAAAGCUGGACUUUGUGGUGCAUGGCAUGCUCUUCAAUUUUAUGCGCUAUAAAGCUGCAUAAAAUUCAAUUUCCGCUCGUAAUUGAUAUCAAUCGAACACUUCGGACGAGAACCGAUCACGGCAUAGCUCCAUGCCCAACAUCUCCAACCCGUUCAAAGUUCCAUUCUUCUUGCAGAAAGCAAGAAACAUUCAUAGAUGUAUUCUCAUGUUUCAAUCGAUAUCCAUCUCAACCACUCCUGUUCCAACCCACGACCACAUUGCCCAUCUCAUACUGGAACAGAAAUCACCAACCGAAGCCCUCCAGACCUUCAGAUGGGCCUCCAAGCUCCCCAAUUUCGCCCACUCCCAAUCCACUUACCGGGCUUUGGUUCAUAAGCUUUGCACUUUCCGGCGGUUCGACGCUGUCCACCAACUGCUCGACGAAAUGCCUAGCUCAAUUGGUUCGCCCCCAGAUGAGGACAUUUUUGUCACUAUAGUACGCGGUCUUGGACGGGCGCGGAUGAUUUGCGAGGUCAUUAAGGUACUCGAUUUGGUUUCUAAAUUUGAAAAAGGCCCGUCUUUGAAGCUCUUCAAUUCCAUACUUGAUGUUCUUGUUAAAGAAGAUAUUGAUCUAGCUAGGGAAUUUUAUAGGAAGAAGAUGAUGGGAUGUGGUGUUCAAGGCGAUGAAUACACUUUUGGGAUCUUGAUGAAGGGACUUUGCUUGACGAAUCGAAUUGAUGAGGGUUUCAAGCUCUUGUCUGUGAUGAAGUCUCGUGGCAUGACACCAAAUACUGUUAUUUAUAACACAUUGCUUCAUGCUCUUUGCAAGAAUGGCAAGGUUGGAAGAGCCAGGAGCUUGAUGAAUGAAAUAGUGAAACCCAAUGAAGUGACUUUCAAUAUUUUGAUCUCAGCGUACUGUAGGGAGGAGAAUUUAGUGCAAGCUCUUGUUCUGUUGGAGAAGAGUUUCAGUAAUGAAUUUGUCCCUGACGUCAUCACUGUGACUAAGAUCAUUGAAGUUCUCUGCAAUGAUGGCCGUGUUGCUGAGGCUGUUGAAGUCUUAGAACGAGUAGAGAGCAAGGGAAGUACCGUUGAUGUUGUUACUUAUAACACCUUGAUCAAGGGCUUUUGUAGGAUUGGGAAAGUGAAACUCGCAGUUCGUUUCCUGCAAGAGAUGGAGAUCAAGGGAUGCCUUCCAAAUGUAGACACAUAUAAUGCAUUCAUUCGUGGCUUCUGUGAGUCAAGGAUGUUGGAUUCAGCUCUUGAUAUGUUUCACGAGAUGAAAAUGGCUGGAAUCAGCUGGAAUUUCAUGACAUAUGAUACAUUAAUCAAUGGUUUGUGUUCCGUAGGAAGAGUAGGAGACGGGUUUAAGAUCUUAGAAUUGAUGGAAGAGAGUAAGGGCGGAUCUAGAGGUUGCAUUAGUCCUUACAACGGUGUCAUAUAUGGUCUCUAUAGAGAAAACCGUUUAGAUGAAGCCUUUGAAGUUCUAACUAAGAUGGGAAAACUUUUUCCUAGAGCUGUUGAUAGGAGCUCUAAGAUACUAGGAUUCUGUGAAGAAGGCAGCAUUAAGGAUGCAAAACGGGUUUAUGACCAGAUGACCGAGGAAGGAGGCAUUCCAAGCGCACUCGUGUAUGCCAGCUUAAUUCACGGUUUAUGCCGACAGGGGUGUGUCAAGGAAGCAUUCGAGUUGAUGAAUGAGAUGGUUAGCCGCGGUUAUGUUCCUGUGGCGUCGACUUUUAAUCUCUUAAUUAAUGGGCUUUGCCAACAGAGCAAAGGUGGGAGUGCCUUUAAACUCAUGGAGGACAUUGUUCGAAGGGGUUUCUUGCCUAAUCUUGGAAGUUACAGUCCUCUAGUUGAUGCUUUUUGUAGAAAAGGAGAUCUUCAGAAGGCUUUGUCACUUGUUCAGCAAAUGCUGGAUGAAGGUAUUAUUCCUGAUUAUUUUAUCUGGAACUCGUUAGUUCUGUGUCUUUGUCAAGAAAAUAUGUGGUUAGAUGGAAAGAGUAUGCGCCGUGUAGAUUACCUCUUACGGUGGAUGAUUGAGACCUGAAUAAUUUGGGCAAGCAUUGUGUUGAUGGUGAUGUUUGGGGGGUGGUGGAAAAUUGAGAUGCGAAAAUCUGAAGCAGUGCUCUACAUGGUUUAUCCUUUUCGGGACACGUGUUACUCUCAGCUAGUGUGUGAUAAUGAAGGUUUACCAAGACAAAAUUUCCUGUCUCUGAGUCGUUGAAAGGCAAUAAUUUAAGAUGAUGCAUUCGGAGAAAAAGUAAAAUGAGAUUGUACGGCAGGAAAAUGUUGAUCUGGCCUCAAGUUGUUCCCAUGCCAUCUGAUCAAGAAACAAGUGCUCCAUUCAUGGGUUCUUAAGACAUAGCUUGAGCGGUCGGAUGAGUAAUAUGUCAGUGCUAAUUCAGUGAGUUGUAAUUUUGAUUUUUGUUUUGUGUAAAAGUUAAAGAAUUAAUUUGUGAUUUAUCUUUUUUGACAUAAUUAAGAAUACGAAUACCAAGAACUGAGAACUGCGUACUAUUUAUGAGGAAAAGUUAAAGGAUCAC